AUGAAUCGAUUGUUACUAUCAUCCUUGGGCAGACGCUUGAAUCAGAAGAGCACUUGUCGCGAAUUCUCAGCUGCCAGUGGUUUGCUGAAGCCCUAUGUUCCUUCCCUCUCCAACACGUCCCUGAUGCCUUCCUCCAAGGGUUCAUCGACUGGCAAAGGAAUGGCCGGAUCGCGAUUAAUGAGCAGCGCAGCUACUGCAGCCUUCGACCAAAGCAUUCAGUCGGAUUUCCCAUCCAUGAUCAUCAGCGCCAACAACGCUGUCGAGGCUCAGGGUUCUUUUGCUGAAGCUCAAGCUCAGUUCUUGGACCCUGAUCCCCAAGCUGUCGAAGCCCUCAGAGAUGGUUUACUGGAAACCAACAUGGGCAUUGUUGCGCAUUAUUACAUGGAUGUCGAGCUACAAGGCAUCCUUCAGGCUUUGAAAAAUAGCCACCCCGAUCUUAAGGAACGUAUUCAUAUUGCCGAUUCCCUCGCCAUGGGAGACUUUGCUGUCAGCAUGUGCAAGAACGAAGGCGUGGAAUCAGUCAUCUGCUUGGGAGUUGACUUCAUGUCGGAGUCUGUGCAAGCUAUCUUGGCUAAAAAUGGAUUUGAAAACACCCCCGUUUAUCGUGCUACCGAGAAGCAUAUUGGCUGCUCUCUUGCUGAGUCAGCUGAAGGCGAUGCGUACAAGGCAUGGCUCCACAAGUUUUCAACCAACACUCAACAACCUGCUUUGCACGUCGUGUACAUUAACACAAGCUUGGAGACCAAGGCAAUCUCCUCCAGCAUUGUCCCCACCAUCACUUGCACAUCUUCAAACGUUCUGGCCACCAUCCUUCAAGCUUCGGCUCAAAUCCCAGAUGUCAGAAUUUUGUACGGACCUGACACUUACAUGGGGUACAAUCUACGCACCCUUUUGGAUACACUUAUUGCCAAUCCUAUCGAAUGGACUGAUGAAAAGAUCCAAUCCAAUUUGCACCCACAACACAACCGCACUACCCUUAAGCAACUUCGCGAUAACUUGGAGAUCUUCCCUCAAGGAAACUGCAUCGUCCACCACAUGUUUGGAAACGAAGUCGUUCAAGCUGUCCGUGAGAACUACUACGAUGACUGCUACGUCACUGCUCACUUGGAAGUUCCCGGUGAAAUGUUCGAAAUUGCCAUGGAAAAGUCGCUGAAAGACGAAGGUGUCGUUGGAAGUACUUCCGACAUCUUGAACUUUAUCAUUCGCAAGGUCGAAGACGCCUCCAUCAACGUUGACGAAGAGCGCCGUCUCAAGUUCGUCUUGGGUACCGAAGCCGGUAUGGUCACUGCCAUCGUCGACAGGGUCCAACAAGUCUUGCAGCAAACUCAGAGCAAGGUCGAAGUCGAGGUCAUCUUCCCCGUCAGCAGCGAAGCUGUCAUGAGCACCGAAAAUGAAGCUGGACAAGCUACCAUCGUCCCUGGAGCUGGUGGUGGUGAAGGAUGUUCCACUGCUGGUGGUUGCGCAACUUGCCCAUUCAUGAAGAUGAACGACGUCGAUGCCGUCUUUGACAUUAUCGACAUGGUCAAGGCUACUGACGAGUUUGGACUCGCUCAGCUCUUGCCACCCAGCCGCCUCAAGGGAAAACAAAUCAAUGGCGUGGAUGCCACUGAUCUUGGAACUGAAGCCAUCAUGUACAUGCGUGGUUUCAUGGCCGAAAGGGCUCUCCCUGCUGAGUUGGAGCAAAAGCUUCUCGCUUCCGCUGGCGUUUAUGAGGCUCCCAAGGAGCAAGCUGCGGCUCUCUAA